GAAAGCGUUCCUCUUUUGUGAGGAAUAUCGAUUGAUGAAUUGGAAGGAAGCUGUUGACGCUUUCACAAAAUAAAAGAGGAAGUUACUUACUCAAUUGUGCUCAAUAGUUGGAUUUAAUGCCCUUGUUGCUAAAGGUCUCCUUGAAAUGUUACAUUGCGGUGUUACAUAGCUUGUAGUGAGAACCUCGCUAGAAGGAGAAUAUGCUUGACAUAUUUCUAAGGCUCAAGACUUUGGUUAAGGUUAGCCAUGUCCACAUCGAUUCUUCAGUAUUCCGACUACAUUGGAGUAUUAGCUCUGUUAUUUUGCUCACUUUCUCCGUCAUCAUUACAACGCGCCAAUAUGUUGGAAAUCCAAUCGAUUGCAUCCAUACAAAAGAUGUCCCUGACGACGUUUUUGAUUUAUACUGUUGGAUUCAUUCUACGUACACUAUUCCGCGAGCACUCUCCCUUCAUGUGGGUCAUGAAGUGGCUCAUCCAGGUGUAAUAACUUCAAACGUCGGGGAAGAAGAUGAACGACGCUAUGUAACCUAUUACCAAUGGGUCGGAUUUACUUUAUUCUUUCAAGCAAUACUUUUCUAUAUUCCUCGAUGGUUGUGGAAAAAUUGGGAGGCUGGAAAAAUCAAUGCCUUGAUGAUGGAUCUUGAUAUUGGGGUUGUGUCAGAGGUGGAGAAAAAACAGAAAAAGAAGCUCCUUUUGGAUUAUCUUUAUGAUAAUUUGAAAAAUCAUAACUGGUGGGCUUACAGAUACUUCUUUUGCGAAGUAAUGGCUUUUGCCAAUAUUAUAGGACAAAUGUUUUUGAUGGACAAAUUUUUUGAAGGUGCCUUUCUCACGUUCGGCUUAGAAGUGAUAGCAUUUGCGGAGCGCGAUCAGGAAGACCGGCUUGAUCCCAUGAUUUAUGUUUUCCCAAGAAUGACCAAAUGCACUUUUCACAAAUUUGGGGUGUCUGGUGAAGUAGAGAAACACGAUGCUCUUUGCAUUCUGCCCUUGAACAUUGUGAACGAGAAGAUUUACAUUUUUUUGUGGUUCUGGUUUCUAAUUCUCGGGUUUCUCUCUGCUCUUGUGGUGAUAUACCGACUUAUCAUUGUCCUCAGUCCUAGAAUGAGGGCUUAUUUGCUCUAUAUCAGGUUUCGGCUGAUUAAACGAGAAGUUAUUAAUGUAAUAGUUAAAAAAAGUAAAAUGGGCGAUUGGUUUUUAUUCUACAUGCUUGGUCAGAACGUGGACAACAUUAUUUUCAAGGAAGUCAUGCACGAGCUGGCGAGGAAACUUGGCCAUCAAGGAAAAGACUACAACAACGAUGCUUGAAAGUUGAGCUUUUGUUGCAUUGGUUCAAACGACGUUCAUCCAUUGUUCAUCCAUCCAACAACAAUCAAAUACUACUCUCGCAUCAUUAAGCCACUGCCAAAGAACAAGAUUUAGAAAUCUAAUACAUACAUCUACAUUGUGUUCAUCUUAUAUAUCAAAAUGCAAUGAAUCAUUUAUAAAGUCAUCAAAAUUGGUAUAAACUGCCUUAGCCAGUAUAUGGUGUUUCUUUUCAAACAUCUCCCCUACUAUAAGAGUGUGAGCUUGCUGAAAUUAAGCCAAAUUAUGAGAUUUCC